GAGAGAUCAUAAGCAGUUGCUAAGAUUUGACCAUCAUGCUGCCUACGUUACUAAUUCUUGUGGGGUCUUGGGCAACAUUGCAAGCUGACUUACUUUCUGACAAAAAGGGUUUACUUCUGCCACCUGUCAAUUUUACCAUUAAAGCCACUGGGAUAGCCCAAGUUCUCUUACACUGGGACCCAAACCCUGACCAAGAGCAAAGCAAUGUUGAUCUACGAUAUCAUGUGAAAAUAAAUGCUCCACAAGAAGAUGAUUAUAGUACCAGAAAGACUGACAGCAAAUACGUGGCCCCUCUGCAUGAUGGCUUUGCAGCUAGUGUGAGGAGCAUCCUACGGAGAAGCCACUUUUUCCUGGCCAGCAGUUGGGUUUCUGCUGAACUCAAAGCUUCACCAGGGUCUUCUGGAACCUCGGUUAUGAAUUUGACGUGUGCCACAAACACGGUCGUGAGUAGUCACACCCACUUAAGGCCAUACCAAGUGUCUCUUCGCUGCACCUGGCUUGUUGGCAAGGAUGCCCCUGAAGACACACAGUACUUCCUAUACUAUAGGUUUGGUGUUUGGACUGAAGAAUGCCAAGAAUACAGCAGAGAUACACUAAACAGAAAUACUGGAUGUUGGUUUCCCAGGACAUUUAUCAACAGCAAAGGAUUUGAGCAGCUUGCAGUGCACGUCAAUGGCUCAAGCAAGCAUGCUGCAAUCAAGCCCUUUGAUCAGCUGUUCACUCCACAUUUCAUUGAUCAAGUGAAUCCUCCAAGGAAUGUCACAGUUGAAAUUGAUGAAACUUCUCUUUAUAUCCAAUGGGAGAAACCAGUUUCUGCCUUUCCAGUCCAUUGCUUUAACUACGAAUUGAAAAUUCACAACACAAAGAAUGGCUACUUUCAGAUGGAAAAACUGGCCACCAACAAAUUCAUCUCAAAAAUUGAUGAUGUCUCUACAUAUUCUAUUCAAGUGAGAGCGGUUGUUAGCUCAUCUUGCAGAGUAUCUGGCAGCUGGGGCGAGUGGAGUCAACCUAUUUAUGUGGGAAAGGAGAAGAAGCCCUUGGCAGAAUGGCAUCUCAUUGUGUUUCCAGCAACCGCCUGCUUUGUCUUGUUUAUUUUCUCACUCAUCUGCAGAGCGUGUCACAUAUGGAUCAAGCUAUUUCCACCAGUUCCAGCCCCUAAGAGUAACAUUAAAGAUCUCCUUGUGGUGACUGACUAUGAGAAAGCUGCUUGGAAUGAAACCAAAAUUGAAGUUGUAAGUUGUGUGGAAGAGGCUGGGUUUGAAGUCAUGGAAAACUCCAUGUUUUAAUGGCAUCGUGAUAUUCUGAGAAGAGUUCACAUAGGACUCCAUGAUAAAGGCAAGGACUGAUAUUUCUUGGCAACGAGGAAUUUCAAAUGAACACACAGCAUGCAAUUUGACUGCGAGGCAACAAAUCCAGACACAUGAGUCUCCAAUGUCUCAUCUCCUCAAGUGUACACAUCUCAUCAAACCACCUGGCUCACAGCAGGACAAUGAACGCAUCUGAGCAGGGCACCUCGUUUUCCCACCCACAGUAUAUAAAGUAUCACCCGGCCUGGUUAUACAGGCCAGUCUUUGCAAUUUGCAUGACUUACCUUGAAUAUUUUGCACAGGAGACAGUUUUUCAAGCUAAUAUCACACGUUAAUUUGGUUUGAGCUGCCAACAGUAGCACUUUCAGCUACAGUGAUGGGAAGAAACAGUGGAACCCAUCCAGAGUGAACCCAAAUUCAGGACUGUCUUUCCCGCAGCAAGUAGAAGCUAUCACUUCAUGGUGCUUUUCGCCUUCGAGUUCUAGAAUACUUUCAAGAACUGUGUCUGU